GCGUGACGCAGGGCGAGAGGGGCGUGUGUUGUGAGCGGAAUCAACUGUAGAAACAAUAACAUUUAAGCGCGACCCCCUACACAGCAAACACGACAGGUCCAAACGCGCUUGUAACGAGCUGUAUGAGAAAGCGGAAGAGUCAGCAGAGUCCCAGGCGAGUUUGGAGCAUCCGGGAAACUUCUUUUCGGCUCAGCAGAGACGCGAGCGAAGAUGCUUCCUUUGUGACAGGCUCGAGCGAAUGCGCUCUCUUCACAACUUACAGCAUCUCAUUUCGCCUUUAUUUUCUUUAGACCUCCAGCGCCCGGCCUGGCAUGUGGGUCAAUUCUGGAAGCGUUGGAAGAUAAGAAAAGCGACUCAACCUCUAAAUUAACUUUGGCUGCAGUUUUGGAACUUAAGGAAGGAGUCCUGGCCAGACCCCAUGGGCCUUACUCUGUCCUUGGCUGAGUUUACUUUCCACGGCAAAGGGCCCUCUCCAUGGAUAUAGACACAGACUAUGAACGGCCUAAUGUGGAGACUAUAAAGUGUGUGGUAGUGGGUGAUAACGCGGUGGGAAAAACCCGCCUUAUUUGUGCUCGUGCCUGCAAUGCCACCCUCACGCAGUACCAGCUGCUCGCCACCCACGUGCCAACCGUGUGGGCCAUCGACCAGUACCGUGUGUGCCAGGAGGUGUUGGAAAGAUCUAGAGAUGUGGUGGAUGAAGUGAGUGUGUCUCUCAGGCUGUGGGACACAUUCGGAGACCAUCACAAAGACAGAAGGUUUGCUUAUGGCAGAUCUGACGUGGUGGUGCUCUGCUUCUCCUUGGCUAACCCAAACUCUCUGCGCCAUGUUCGUACCAUGUGGUACCCCGAGAUUAAGCACUUCUGUCCACGCACCCCUAUCAUUCUGGUGGGCUGUCAGCUGGACCUGCGUUAUGCUGACUUAGAUGCAGUGAACCGAGCUCGUAGGCCACUGGCAAAACCCAUAAAACCCACCGACAUCCUUCCACCAGAACGAGGCCAUGAGGUGGCUAAAGAAUUAGGGGUGCCCUACUACGAAACCAGCAUUGUCGCGCAGUUUGGCGUCAAGGACGUCUUUGACAAUGCCAUCCGCGCUGCACUGAUUUCUCGUCGCCACCUCCAAUUCUGGAAGUCCCAUUUAAAGAAGGUCCAGCGGCCUCUUCUUCAGGCCCCCUUUUUGCCUCCCAGGCCACCGAGACCUGCAGUGGGUAUCCCUGACCCACCGCCCUUGGAUGGAGAAGGCCCUGACUCUCUCUUCUGCCAGCCCCUAUGCUCAGAUGUCCUGUUCCUUCUCCAAGGUGCCACUCGUGUUUUUGCUCAUAAAGUCUACCUAGCCACUUCCUGUUCCAAGUUCUAUGACCUGUUCAGCAUGGACCUAGGAUCUACAGAGGAGGACAAGGAUGGAGAUGAGACUCUGGAGGGCGGGGAGGAGGAGGAGCAAAGUCGAAGAGGAGCCAAAGAGCAGGCAGGACGUGCCAAGAGCCUUGACGUUGAUAAAGAUGGUGAUGGGGGGACCAAGGGUGGCAGGAGACUGCUUUUGCUGGAGCAGGGCUUAAUGAGGACUUCCCAAAGUGAUAAUGCACUCCCCGCCAGGGGCCAGUACCCAGUGGGGUCCCUGGGAACCGGCCGUCCACUUUCAGGAUGGGGACGGGGGUUCCUCGGUGUGUACCUGGAAAGGGUGAAAGACCCUGUAACAGGUCGAACAAGACUCAUGACAGUUGUGUCUAUGGAUGAACUCAUUCAGGAGGCACCUUUCAGGGCCGUGCUGCAGUACCUGUACACAGGUCAUCUAGAUGAAGGCCGGAGUGACCUGAUGCAGGUGGCCACCAUUGCUGAGCUUCUAGAAGUCUUUGAUCUGCGUAUGAUGGUGGCCAAUGUGCUGAACCGUGAGAGCUUCAUGAACCAGGAAAUCACCAAAGCCUUCCACGUGCGUCGGGCCAACCGAAUCAAAGAGUGCCUGAGUAAAGGCACCUUUGCUGAUGUGGUGUUCCAACUGGAUGAUGGCUACCUACCUGCCCAUAAGCCUCUGCUCAUCUCCAGCUGCGACUGGAUGGCGGCCAUGUUCCGUGGGUCUUUCAUGGAGAGCUACAUUGAGGAGGUGUCCAUACCCGAUACCAGUACUGCCUGCAUGAGAGCUGUGCUGGAAUAUCUGUACUGUGGCUUGCUCACACCUUGCCCCGAGUUGGAGCCAAUUGACCUCAUAAUAUUAGCCAACCGGCUUUGCCUGCCCCGCCUUGUGGCUCUUACAGAGCAACAUGCGGUUGAAGAGCUCUUGCAGUGGGCAGUUAAAGGAGCGGACAUUGACGGACAGGUGCUGGCUUACCUAGAGAUGGCUCAGUUCCACAAUGCCAAGCAGCUCUCUGCCUGGUGCCUCCAUCACAUUUGCACCAACUACAACAGUGUGUGUCGCAAGUUCCCCAAAGAUAUGAAGAACAUGUCUCCAGAAAAUCAGAAGCACUUUGAGAAGCAGCGCUGGCCCCCUGUCUGGUUCCUCAAGGAGGAAGACCGCUACAACCGCUCCAAGAAGGAACGUGAGCGUGAGGAAGAAAUCCUGCGCAAACAGCACACCAAGCGUGGCUGGUGCUUCUGGAGACACAUGUCCUCCUCUGCACCCCACAUCUCCUGAGGGUGCAUCCUUUUCUGACAACCACCACCAUCCACACCCCAAACCGCUUUCCCUGUCUCGGCCUCAAGACUCACAGCUGAGUCUGGGAAGACCUAUGUCUGUGUCCAAUGUGUGCAUCCUGGCUGAUGGACGUUUGUCUGGGGCAUCUUCGCCCCCGUGCUUCUGCCUUCUCUCAUCAAGCCAGGUUUGAUGCCAAACCUGAGGCAAAAAGCUGUGGCCCAUACAACAUACAGCAGUUCUUAGCUCAUCAGCUGAAUGGGAGAAUUUCCCAUUCUGUCUUGUGUGUUUCACUGUGUUAAUCCAGCAAGUGUGGAGGCCUUGUAUGGACACCACAUAGGGAAUGUCUUUAUGGCAGUGAUCUGCCUUCACCUUUUAAGACUGUUAUUCUUAUGCUACAACUACAAACCCACGCAUACUCACUCACCCCCUCAGUACCUAUCCGUGGCGCUGGCGCCCAAGCAUGCAUAAAGCAUGGUGCUGUUGUGAUGAGCUUCUCCUGGCCAAAAGAUCCAACAUAUAUGAGCUACAAAUACCUUGCACCUAGCACCUAAAACAUCGUCAGGGAUUUGUUAUUCUGUAAAUCCAGCUGAACUGUGGUACAUACUUUUUUGCCUCAGUAAUGAAUAACCUUUGCCUAUUCUCUCUAAGAGGAAAAAAUAAUUCCUCGGCUCUUCCGUAGACCCCUUUUAGCUCUUUAUGUUAAUUCUUUGUUUUGUUUUUUUUUUGCAAUUUUCCACUGAGGCACUAUUGGGGGAAACUCCACUCAAGGGCCCUCAUUUAUCAACAUUGCUUACUCCCGACAGAAAGAAAUUGUGUUUAUGAGUGUCGAUUUAAUCAACAAACCUUUGCUUAGGUUUUUGUAUUUGUUUAUGUAUUGGAGUGCAAACAAAUACCGAUAAAUUCACGUCAUCAAUUGUGGCAUAUGUUGAAGAGAGUGAAAUGAGGCAAACAAAUGCAAUACCUUUUCUGCCCGUUCAUGUCUUUUUCAACCAGGAUGUUUGCCUACAGACACAUUUUAGAGGGUAAUGGGGAAAAUAGCAGGUAUUUUCAUAACACCACAACAGACAUAUUAAACAGCGCAGCUUACUUAUUCUCUACUUUAUUGAUAAAAUCUCAGCUUUGCAAAUAUUUCUCAUUUGUUUGUAAAAGUUUAAGCACCCUUUGAAGCGAUUCUUACUUACUUACAGUGGGUGUGUCUGUGUUUAUCUGAGCAGUGAAGUGCACAAGCACAGCGGCUAUGAACAACUGAUACUUAUUAAGCUUUAUAGUGCACACUUGUGUAUAUGGUAUGCAUGCUCCCCGUUGAUGAUUCACAAUUUUGCUUUCAUAUACUGCAGAUAUGAAACUGUUUAGAACCUUUUCUAUGCAAUGUUGAUACAUGAGGCUCAAGAAUGUUUAUUGCUAACACUUAAAGUUGCCUGUGGGCGGAAACAGAACACUAAAUAAACUUGGUCCGAUGCUUCACUCAUUAACCUAAGAAGGCUCUAAUAAAAGCACCAAAGAGAUGAUUCUGGUGUGCAAAAACAUAACAUCUUAAUUUUAUAUCUAAUGAUAUUUCUACCACUGCCGUGGGAGUAUUAGCGUUCAAUAUAAAAGCUGUUAGAUUAGGCUUUCGUUCUGACAGUUAGCAAGAUUGAUUUUUUUUACUUGUAUCUACUUCACCACGCCACUAGAGGCAGUGUUGUUUAAUCCAUUUGUAUAAUGCUUUAGACCAAGGAAUAUAAUCCAGUUUUCUUGCCUUUUUUUAAUGGUUUUCCACCUUUAUAUGAGAGUAACCUUUCAAGAUUUUUUGUCCUGUAGUUUUAAUCUAAUCAAUUGCAACAUAACCAAAAAUAAGGUUGCCAUGUUUAUCCUUCCCUCCUCUUUGCUAACACAACUAAAUUAGCUUGCCUCCGUCUAGCCUGCUGUGUUCUACCUCUGCAGACAGAAAGAAGUUUGGGAUUCAGCACCUGUGUUGUGUUGUGUGUGUUUUUUUUUUUUAUUAUUAUUAUUAUUUUUUUAAUUUGGAAAUAUAAGACCACAGAAUAAUACCUUCACUUGGUGCUUGAAAUUACUAAUUAUCACAGUGAUGGUAAUCUUUUCUCACAGUGGUUGUUUUUAUUUUGCUUUUGGAAUUAAUUAUAUUCUGUGUGACAAUCCUACACAAAAAGAAGAAAAAAUUCUCGACUAUUUAAGAAAGCAAAGGUGUUGGCUAAAUGAUUGUUUCCUUUUUACCUUAAAAAGCUUUAUGACUUUCAGUUGAAAGGCUUGUAGCAAAAUGGAUGAUGGACUUUGUGCUAUUAGUAUAUAUUUUACUGAUGUGGUAUUAAUGUGGUAACAUAGAACAGUUCACUGAUUGUAACCUCUCCAGUUUUGUCCCUUAAUCAAGUAUCAAGUAUUUCUUAAACACAUAGUGGUGUUGUUUGUAUCUGGUGAUCUUUAUUGCCCUGUGCCUGUUACAAUAUCAAAAAUUAAUUCACCAUAUACAUCAAUGUUAUUUAGGUAUUUGUUUGCUUGGGCUGUGGUGAAGAAGGCGCUAUGUCCUGAAAGCUCAGUUUCACAUGAGUGCUAUUUUUGUAAAUGUUAAAACAGAAAAAAAAUGUUCAACUUAUUUUUUGUAUUUUUUAUUAUUUUUUUUUUUUGGUAGCACCUUCCGCUAUUUUUGGUUUUCAGGUUUUUCACCUCCGUGAGGCUGCACCCAGGUGCCGGUGGUAGCUAGCUGGAGAUAUAUGAUGUGGAAAGACUUUUUCUCGCUAGAGACACGUUCAAAUAAUCAACAGUUACUGAAAUAGACAUGCGAGUGAAUCUCAACGGGCCCAAGUGUGAAUGAAGCUGAUCUUUGGAAGGAAGGAAAUAGCAAAAAGACACAAGGAAGGAGCUCUUUCUGUCCCAUUUAGAUAUUUUAGUUAAUUAAGCCAUAGUUGUUGAUCUAAAAUUAACCUUUGUUUAGCAAAAUAUACUGAAAUAUACUAUCGGUUUACAGUUGCUCUGUUAAUUACUGCCUCAGUACCGAGCACUUCAGUAGUAAUGUAAAAAACAAGUUGGAAAUAGUUCUAGUGUUUACACAUACGGUGUGUUUCUGUUCUUGAAGGUAAAAAGCUGUGUUGCCGUGGUGAUUUGGGCAAUUUAUUGGUAUUAUUUAUUUUUCUCCCUUAACAUAUUUUCUGUCUGGAUCUGUUGAGCAUGACUGUUUCCUGAACUCCAGCAUUUUAAAAACACUUUACAUUUUGUAGCAUGGUAAAUUUACUUCCAUAACUGGUGGACAUUUUUAGCUCCAUGCAGUUUGUGUUCAGUGUUUGUUGGUGAAGGCAAUGAUGUCUUUGUAUAUCCUGUAACCUGUGUGCUUUAUUGUUAUUGCCUUUUCAAAGUUUGCUAGGUUUUAAGAAGAGACACAGUAUAACGAUGUGUUUCUGUAGUUCUGGGGUGGUUUUCUGGUGAUUGUAUGAGUAUUAUUAGAAAAGAUAUCAUGGCUUGGGGAACAGAUGUGGGGAAAAUGUUAUCAUGACUUUUUCGACAGCACUAACAAUUGAUAAGCCCUUAUUAACAGUGUAACAGCCUAUGCACUUUAGCCUAAAUUGUGAAAAACAAACUUUUUUCCUGUUUUUUUGUUUUUGCCCUGAAUUUAACAUUGUAACAUGGAAAGCGAUGCACGGUUACAGGAAAUGUGCAUGAAGAAUGGUCUCUUAGACAUGAUUGCAUGCAGUCAUGUGUAUGGUUGUUGUAACGAAUCAACGAAGUGUGCACUUUGUCAUUAGUCUAUUCUUCUAUAUGAGCUCAUAUACAAAAGCGUGCUACAUUUAGAGGAAAUUAUUACCACCAUUUUAUAUACAGUUUUUAUCUGGUUUGUCAUGUCCUUGUUGGGAAAAAAAAAUCAUACUUCCCCAAAGGUUGCAAUAGUAAUGCUCCAUAGGGCUCAGAUUUGUUGUAUCCUGGCAUUACCUGUGCCUUUGAUUCUUUUUUUUUUUUGGUUUGUGUUUUGUUUUUUGUUUUUUAAGAAAAAAAUAAUCGUGUUGCCUUUCUAAAGAGGGCCUCUUACUACUGCCUUUAGAUGUUGAAUAAUUGUAAAGAUAACCACGUGUGCUCACGCAUAAACACACACAGGCACUUAGCCGGGCAGCUGACCACCGCAUUCCUCCUCUUACUUUCAGUGCCUGUGGACGUUAUGUAGCACUGCUUACUGUUUCUCGAACCUGUCUUUAUGCUGCAUCCUUUUCAUUGCUUUUCACGUAUCAAAUAUUUCCAGCUUUUUUUUGUUUGUUUUUGCUGAACUGAGUGGAAAUAAAUGCUUUGGGUUCGACAUGAUCAUGCUGGUACAGCUGUGGGAAAGCACGUACAGCCUUCAGUAUUCGUCGUAGUUGGACGCUCAUGCCCUCUAAGGACGCAAAUGAGAACUAUUGAACGCAGCUUAUUAUGCAGUACACAUUUUCUGGUGUGAUGGAAAGACUUCUGCGUUAUCGGGAAGCCAAGGGCUGCACAUGCUUCUUCCUGUGCUGCUGUUUCCGUUCUGAUUCAGCAUCCCCUCUCCAAAUUGUUUCUUGCUAUUAUUUUCUUCCAACUGUGACUUCCUCAUUUUCUGUACCUCACUCUUUGUAUACGUACCUUUUUAGAAUUAGGAUGAUUUUGAUUCAUUGCAGGAUUUUUCUUUGGGUAAAACCCACUCUUGUGUUUCACAUGCAGUGACUUCAUAAGACAGAGCGUUACUUGUUUGUGGUUUAGAUUUUUUAUUUUAUUGGGGGUUUUUUUUUGCAUUUUUUUCAUGCAUCUUAUACAAACUGCUGUGGGGAAUAAUAAUAUGCAAAGGGGUUAAUAUUAUCCUAAUUUUGAUUAUACAGCUCUCACAUUCAGUGGAAGUGGCCUUCUUUAAACUAACAUGCCAAUUCUAACAUUAAUGGUCCUGUCAGGUUUACUUAGUGUGCAUCUCCGUCUCAAGGCCACCUCGAUUUUGGAGUGCAGUCAGCAACUGAAUAAAAUCUGAUGACCAUUCUUCCUUUUGUUUUGUUCUCUUUAAAUUAUUAUAUCACUAUUACACCAUUAAGCACUUUGUGUUAACUUCUUACUUCUUUUUGGAUAUUGCUGUUAAUGUAAUGAAACAAAAAAUGAGCACACACAACACUCUAUAAGGGCUUUUUUUAAUAAUCGAAUAAAAAAAGACAGAAAGAAAGAAAGGCAACAAUCAGAAUGUUUUGCAGAUGCCGCAAAAAUGUUGUUUUAAUGAAACCUUUGUGAUACUUUUUGAACCACUGUGAUUUGUACAAAAUGGAACAAAUAAGUAGGGGAAAUGCCGUUUCAGUAUUCUAAUGUUUAACUGGGCUUUUAAUAAACUUUAAGUGGAUUUCA